AUGGGUGACAUGAAUGCAAAGAUAGGAUCAGAUAAUGUUGGAUAUGAAGAUGUGAUGGGGAAGAACGGGUAUGGUGUUAUCAAUGAGAAUGGAGAAUUAUUUCGGGAUUAUUGUCAGACUAACAACAUUGUAAUUGACUCCAGCAUAUUCAAACAUAAAGAUAUUCAUAAAUGCACAUGGACUUCACCAGACGGAAACAUCAAGAAUCAGAUUGACCACAUCACGAUUGACAAAAGGUUUAGAAGAUCUAUGGAAGAUGUAAGGUCAUAUAGAGGUGCCGAUGUUGGUAGUGAUCAUGAAUUACUGAUUUCCAGAGUUAAGCUAAAACUUUGUCGAAAGAGAGUAAAUCAGGAACAGAAGAAAAGAUAUGACACAGUUAAGCUAAAGAUACCAAAAAUUGCACACGAGUUCAAACUUGAGUUAAGGAACAGAUUUCAGGAAUUGGGAGAAACAGAAGGCAUAGAAGAACAGUGGAUAGAUAUCAAACAAGAAAUAUGUGAGGUUGGUAAGCAAACACUAGGUUUUAAAGACAGGAAACAACCAGAAUGGAUCACUGCCAAUAGUAUCCACAAAAUACAAGAACGAAAACAGAUAAAACAAAAAAUCAAUGCUACAAGAUCACAAAGACAGAAAGAAAAGCUGGAGAAAGAUUAUAAAGCAAAGAACAAGGAGGUAAAAUUUAGUACAAGAGAUGAUAAAAGGAAAUAUAUUGAUAAUAAAGCAAAAAGUGCAGAAGAUGCAACAAACAAGGGAGAGCAGAACAAGCUAUAUAUGCUGAGCAAGAAAAUUUCCAACAGUGGCAUGAGAGGAAACAGACCUGUAAAGUCAAAAAAGGGACAUGUAAUAACCAACGAGAAGGAACAAUUAGAGAGAUGGAAAGAACACUUUGAAGAGAUUUUAAACUCGAAAGAUCCACCUGUACUAGCAGAUAUUCAACCUGGAGAUGUUGUUGAUAUGAAUAUUGAACCACCAACCAUUGAAGAGAUAAUAAAGAGUAUAAGGGCACUCAGUAAUGGUAAGGCGCCAGGUAUUGACAACAUGCAAGCUGAAGCAUUGAAAGCUGAUAACUGCUGCAAAGAGCCAACAUGUGCAGCAUCACCAACACCAUUAAGACCAGGAGAUGGAGUUGGAUAG